UUCUGGUCUUUCAAUCCUUUUUGUUGAUCCAAUGGAUUUGCAAUACUACCAAAAGAUUUGCCGUGGCAUGGAAAAAAGUUUUUUAUUUAUUAAAAAAAUAUUUAAUGUUGAGAUGUUUAGACGAGGACUUGGAAGUUUUGACCAUAGAUGAUCGGAAAUUAUUUGAAAGUUGUAAAUACUUGGUAGAGUUAGCAACAGAAGCGGAAUCGAUUGAACAUAGAGGGCGAAAACAACGGACAAAGAGCAGCUGGUUUCAACGGAUGGAAGCGGAUCUAAUCUGGGAUAGUGGUGAAGAAUCUACUGCGCAAAAGGAUGUUACAGACGAUGUCGACUGGAAUCAAAAAAAAAUGGACAGGAAAUUGAAGCAAAUUGAAACGACUAUUCGAAAGAUGCUGCAGUCAUUCACACACUCAAAUUUAUAUAACGAAAACAACGAACAUGAAUUAGAGGACAAACACAAUGAAGAUGCUAAAGAACGAGUGAGGAAACGUAUGAAACUUGAACGUGGCAAAAACAAGUGGUUAAAGAAACGGCCAAAACUUAAAUAA